GAUCGCUUACUCGGCCACACGAUUCGUAGGUACAUACUACGUGUAGAAUCGUUCAUUGUAUUACCGGUGCCUUUUCAGCGGUCGAGUCAUUCACGUUGACGGUCCGAGUGAAUGGGAGCUGGCCCACGAGUUUCGCCCUAAUCAAUUUCUCGAGAGGGGCAACGAGGCCCGCAGCGGAACUAAAUAAGGGAUUCGCAGUGCUAGUGUUCAAAAGACUUCUUCUUUCGCGAGUUUUUCAUCGAACUUUUGAUCUACAUUGGCUUCCAAGCGAAGCUCGCCACUUUGCCUCGUACAAAUUCGAAGAUUUCCCUUCGUUGAAUCAACGGAGCUUCGAAAAAUCAUCUGAUAACUGGCUUCCGUUUUUUUUUUAAUUUCUCGAGAUAGAAUUUCGAUCUUGAUUUUUAAAAACAUCGACGAAUCAUCGAAACGAAUCUCUGCCAGCUACUCCGGUAGCUGUUUUAUUGUUAUUGUUUACGCGGUACGCUUUUCGAUUGGACCAGCGAAAAAUUCGGAUAAGUCGAAUAUCAAAGCACCGAUAUCGCGCCGAUUGCAACGAGUACCAAAUUACACGGCACCUUUGAUAUCGAUUUCCUUAGAACAAUCACGACGCGGAGAAAAACAAAUAGUAAUCGCGCUAAUUACAUUAUCUAAACGAGAUAGGAACAGAUUUACUUGUACGAUAAUCAACUUUACAUUUUGACUCACAACGAGUCGUGUGCUCGAGAUAAACGACACUCUCACGCAGUUUAAAAUACCUGUAACACGAGAAAAUGUUUUGUCGAUUAGUUAUCGGUUAUUGCGUUAACAUCUCGUCGAUUUAUCUAAUCGGCGAUCGAUCUCGAUAGACGGGAAAUUAAAAAGUUUCGUAAACACGGAAAUCUUGAACAAGUGGCGAUCGUUCGUUCGAUCCUUCGAUAUUCUGGAAAAAUAGAUAAUUUACCGAUCGGUUGAAUUUCAGAUAUCAGAGUUUUACGGCCUAUCGAAGAUGUAAAGUCGAAAGUUUCUUAGAGAUACGAUGUCCGUGAACACAGAGCUCGUUUUAUUUUCCAUGUCGAUACUCCAGAAACACAGAUAAUUUAGUAUUGUCGAGUAUUUACGAAAUUCCUAGUCGCAGAUAAAAACGUCUUGACAACGCACGUUCAGAUUUAUUCGUUACGAUAAUGCAUUAACUUUUAUAUCACCGAUGAUUACACGGAAACAUGCAAAUAUUGGUACGAUCGUCGUUUGAUUUAUCGGGCCAGAAAGCGAUGCACGGACGUCCUCCAUUCCGGUGUAUACCCCGAAGUACAUACUGCGGUUUGUUUCAAUAUUUAUACACGAUAUCGACUCGCACCGCGCAUAUAAUUUUCCAUUCGACUAUUAUUCCAAGUGUCGAAGUUGCACGAGAUAAGGCUGCAAAAGAGUUUCCUCUUUGCUCGGCUAUCGACGAUUCCUCGACAUCAGAGAGUCGAAUAAAAGUUUUCUCGAGACAAUAAUAACGGAAAAGUAUAUUGAAAAGUACGAGGCAACGAAAUGAUGUAAUACCGCGGUGUUCGAUAUCGAAACGAAUUCUGUACGAGAACGAUAACGGCAUUCGCAACUUGGAUUCUACGAGUUGUUGCUCGAUCGACCGCGUCUUCGUUAAAAAGAGCAUCCUGUUACCGGUCGGUGAUAAUUAAAGCGAACGUUGCAUGAAAAUUCAAUUGAAAACCUGACAAUUUUCCAAUUAGGCACAAUAUGCCGCUUAAAUAGAAUUGAACGAGCCCCUAACGAGGGCUUCUUUCCCGCCAUCAAAACGAAUAGUGUGUUUCCGCGGCGUUUCCAGGAAGACGCGUUGAAUACAGUCGCAGCUAUCGUCAAAUCUACUUCGUUAGAUCUUAUUCGUUUGCAACGAAUAAAUAGAUUAUUUCUUCGGUUCCUCCUGGAAUAUUUGCAUUUCCUGACGGGAACCACGUUUAUUUGUAUCGCGGUCGAUGGUUUCGUGGUCAAAAUUCCAAAUAAAAGAAUUUCUAACGCCAACUAGAUACUCUUGAAAAAUUAUUUUGCAAGUUGGCAGAAGGGUAAUCGUAUUUCGGACAGUUUCGAAUAAUAAAACGAUCGAAUUCUCCGACUAUAUAUAUUUUAUCUAUAUCUCGAGCAAGAGGCCAGUGAAAGCAACAAAACUUUUCAAACGCUGAUUGGAAAAGUUUCGCGCCAGAAUAGACGCAUUCCAAGAAAUAUAACUACCCUAACGGAACUUUUACAAUCGGUCAGACUGUCUGAAACAAUCGUGGCUAGUAACGUCGUUUAUGAUUUUUAAAUUACAUCUUUCAAGGGAUCCCGCUCUUCGUCUCGCUCUUUGCUUUAAACAGAUGGAAAUCAAAAUUUAGAAAACUGACAAUUACUGCGCGCGAUAAGGCAAUUUGUUUAUGGAACAAAGCGAUGAAAGAGGAUUCGGCCAGACGAUUCACCAGCUUGUCGUAGGUAUUCGCUUCGUUUCGCCGUGGCGUACGUUGUCUACGACGGCGAAGAAUGAACAACGCGGAGAAAAGAAAAAGACAGAAUCCGAUGCGUUUGAUAUCGAGCCAGGAACGAAUUCUCGAAUAAACGGGCCAGUGCAUUGUGUCCAGUGCAACACGAUAAUGGCUAUCUAUCCGCUUUCCAUCGAUAAUUGCUUCUUCUUGUUUUUGAAGCAUCGAUUGCUCGCCGAUCGGUAUCCUUUCGAUUUCCUUUUCCGCGUCUCGCUCUUCCGACACAACUGCUCCAAUGGGCCUUCUUUUUAUAUCGCUAUUAUUAGGCGAGCCUGCCUCUAUUCUCAGAGCACGCGCCAUGCAACCGGGGGAUUAUUUCGAGAAAAUAUCUUCGCCGGUGUCGCUUCGAUAUACCGUUGCUCGCUUCCGUGUAUCCGGCUAUUUUCUCGAUGUUGGAGACGCUACUGGAAGACUUUUUCACUACAAAAGAAGAAACUGGAUGUUUCUUCUCCGGUCCCUCGGAGCUUUCGAAAUUGCGGUCCCUCGCAUUUAUAAAUUCUCAUCCUUAGUUAACUUCCCCAGGGAUAAAUAUUUCCAGCCGCGUAGUUUAUACGUAGCAGAGUGUUGAAACGCAGACGGCGAUGAUCGUUUUUCCAGAUGUCGGCACUUUUCCUAUGUGUUUGGAUUUACAAUUUUGUUAUUAUUAAAAGUAAAUCGAUAUCGUUGCCGAGUCUCAAGAUUCGGAAGUUGAAUCUCUCAAACGAUCCUCUGAUUAUCCGCAGAAUCUUAUCGGCGUAUCUCAACUGUGUUUAGAGUGUCCGCUGAAACUGGUGUAACGUAAGCAAGCAACAAAGUAAAUUUACUCUCAGGUACUGUGUAAAUUGUAAUAUUAGCUGUUUAGAAAGUUAAAUAGUCUUGUCGCAGCUUACAGGUGCUCGUUAAAUUCAAAUUUUGUGCAACUCGGCCUUAAGGACGAUAAAAGCAUCUACGACUAGCAAGCAACAGCUCUGCACGUUGUGCAAAUAAGAAAACUGAUCUCCACUUUGUUCGCUUUAAUUUCUAUAACACGGUCUCCAAAUGAGAAUGUUCAUGUUCCCAGUUUGCUCGCCGCAGUAGAUACUUAACAUAACUUCGAAUGUUUCUCUGGUCCACAGCUAUCGAUUAGACUGUAAUCGUUGGAGUAUGUCGAUUACGUGUCUCGAUCAGCCUGUACAGCUCAGACGUUGCAAAUUCCAGGUAUCAUAGCGCAAAAAGUUGCUCUCCGACGUUGGCUAUUUGAAUUUUCGUAAUACGUUCUGAGAACGUGGUUAUCAUCGACAGAAAAUGCCUAUUCUUAAUUUCUUCGUAGUAGGUAAUUAACCCUACAACGAGUGCCAUUCUAGCUCGUAGUUAUCAAUUAAUUAGAGCAUCAAUUAUCACCGUUUCAAUGGCAGCCUAACCGUUCGAAACCCUGAGCACACCCCAGUUGUUGCAGGACCGAGAGUCGAUAAGCGUUCGAUUUGGCUACGAUUUCGUUGCCUUUCUAACAAAAUUUCGACGACCGUUGGACAACGUUGCGAUAUCUGGCGCGUUCGGGUGAUUUAAACGUUCGUAGGAAGCUGUAGAGAGAGAGUUAGCCGCGACUUACUAAAAAUAAGCUCUCCCCUUAUCAGCAGGCUGAGUUUACACAAUCCUAUUUGCACAAUACUCGUCAAACCGUGCAACGAUACGGCUUCGUCAGAGAACGUCGUUGUUACACGUGGACCAACGGGACCCUGGACCGUUUCAUUUGGCGUUAACCAGCCAGUGUCGAAAUCUCUGCUGCGUCCUCUUCUUCGUUUUCUUUCCUUCUGUCUUCUGGGCUAGAUCGUAGCAGAUUAUCCGUGGUUAUUCGUAUUUAUAUCUGCUACGACCUUGUGUCCAACGACGACCAGAAGGAAUAACGGGCGACAGGGACACUCAGGGGACGUUGAUCCAAACCGUUUUCGGGGAUUUUCCGAUUGAAAAUACGGCAUACAAACACGCCCGUUUAUUAGAGCAGCGGGGUGUUCUCGGCCGAUCAAUUGUCCAUGGUCCUACGUCGAACCAUCGACGACAGACUAUCCUUCGGUGUUUCGCGAACAACAGGCAGUCUCUAGGUGGACCAUUUCUUGGUCAACUUCACAGCUUGUGUAGGAACGUUCCAAGUUAAUCGACUCCUUUCAAAUACUUCAGCCUUGUGUGAAAAGUUAUAUUUUUUCAUGGUUAAAUCCUAGAUCCACGUCAACCGUGUACGAUGAUGGCGUCAUUGGAGAAUAAAGUGGAUGAACAAGUCAACAAGGUACCGCAGCAGAAUGGAGGCAAUUGCAGGAACGAGGAACUGCAGCUGGAAGACGUUCAAGAUAACAAUAACGAGAGCAUCGAGGUGGAGAUGGUGGUGCCACCGGAUGGUGGAUGGGGUUGGAUGAUCGUCGCAGCCUCCUUCAUGUGCAACCUCUUCGUGGAUGGCAUCAUUUUUAGCUUCGGUGUCUUUCUCAACGAUAUUUCCGAAGCUUUCGCAGUGUCGAAGGCGAGAGUGGCGCUGGUUGGUUCGUUGCAGUCUGGAUUUUAUCUUAUGGCUGGUCCAUUCGUGUCAGCAUUGGCCAACAGGUACGGUUUUCGUCUGGUAGCGAUCCUUGGAAGCGUGAUAAGUUGCAGCGCCUUUGUCCUGUCGUACUUCAGCACUUCUAUCGAGUUCCUCUAUAUCUCUUACGGUGUGCUCGGAGGUAUCGGGGCAGGCCUGAUUUACGUGCCGGCUGUCAUAACUACCGGAUUUUAUUUUGAAAGAUGGCGAGCGCUGGCUACCGGGAUCGCGGUCUGCGGAUCCGGAAUCGGCGCUUUCAUGCUCGCGCCUAUCUCAGACAUACUGGUGAAGCAAUUCGGUUGGAGGGGCGCCUUGCUCUUCCAAGCAGGAAUGCUGUUAAAUUGUGCCAUUUUCGGUGCCAUGUUCCGUCCAUUGAAGUCAACGCGGAUUAAGGUGAAAUCCAGCCCGGAGAACGCGGGUUUAGAGGUAAAAAGCAGCUUGAUGGCAAGGGGAGUGUCUACGGCGUCGUUGCAUUGUAUGCAACCAGAGAGAAGCGGUUUCUUUGGAACCAAUAACAAUACCGAUUACCCAACGGCUGCUGAGUUGCUUGGAAGCAACCCCAACAUAGUAAACGCCUCCAAGUCGUUGCAUUCUCUUCAUAAGAUUCACGCGGAGCUGCGAACUCUGGAAAGGAAGCUGAGUAGCUCGGAGAAGCGGCUGUCCGUGCCGAUCUAUCCAGAGUUGGACGUGAACAUGGACGAGAAGAUGGUCGAAGAGGAGAACAAUCUCCUCGGUGGAGAUGUGGAGAGACUGAAUGGCAAAGUGCCCACGAUUCGCAGGCAUACGAUCAGCGGCAGACGACUGCGCGCGGACUCGGACUGCAGCCAGAAAUCGCUGAAGAUGGGCAACAGGCGAAACCCAUUCAGCAAGGAUCCGCAGAGACCGUUCUACAGGGACGAUAUCUUUUACGGCGGUUCCCUGAACAGACUGCCGCAUUACAAAUCGCAGCAAUCGUCCGUUGGCUAUCACAUGUCUGUCACGCGUUUGCCUACUGCGACGGACGUCGCCGAAGAGGAGAGUGGAAGCUGUUACAUCUGUCCAGAGAGCGUACGUCGAAUCUUGACGACAAUGCUCGAUUUGAGUCUUCUCAAGAGUCCAUCUUUCUUGAUCCUGGCUAUAUCCGGUGGACUUACGAUGAUGGGCUUCUAUACACCUUUUAUGUACGUCCCAGAUCGAGCCCAAUUGGCAGGCAUCGAGGCCUCGACAGCUAUGUUUCUUGUCUCUGUGAUCGGUAUCGGCAACACCAUUGGCCGUGUCGUGUGUGGAUUGGCUAGCAGCUUGCCAGGAGUUAACGCGUUGGUCGUCAACAAUAUAUUCAUCAGCGCCGCUGGCCUUUUCACCAUUUUCUCUGGAUUAUCCCUCAGCAAGGGCUACCAGUUCUUUUACGCUGCCGGUUUUGGCCUCAGCAUAUCUGUCUUCGCCUCGCUGCGAUCGAUCCUGGUGGUAGAUCUCCUGGGACUAGAGAAACUGACCAACGCUUUCGGAUUGCUUCUUUUGUUUCAAGGCGUGGCAGCUGCCGUAGGCGCGCCUCUAGCAGGUAUCUUUAUGGAUGCAACCGGAAGCUACGACGCCUCGUUUUACCUGUCUGGUAGCUUGAUCUUUCUAUCGGCUGUGAUCUGUUACCCCUUGAAGAGAGUCAACGUGUGGGAGACUAAAAAGAACGGCGACAAAUGCAGCGACGAUCCAUCCUAGUCCUGGUCGACGUCGAGCGCAAGACAGAACGCCGAAGACUGAAGUCUAUCACGUAUUCUCGUUGUCGGCCACCGUGUGUGUUUGUACAUACUAACGCGUAAAUAAUUUAUAACACGACUGCUCGAAUCGAUAAUUAAUCCGUGUGGUGGCAGCAGGACCAGCAUGAUCAUCGCAGCUAUGAGAACACGUGGCAAAGGGGCUCGUUCGUGUUCCAGCUUCGAACUCGGUCGAUCUUUGCAACUAAAACGGUCUAUCGAGACGUUCAGGCGAGUGCAGCAGACGAUUCCAUGCCGAGAGGAAUACCGUCCAGAGUAUAAAGAUUCUGUCCAAAUCUAAGGUCGAGCUUUGCAUUCCCAUGAAACGUCGGAGUGUUCUUUUCGUAUUCCGAGUAGCGAACUCGUUGUCAGCUUUUACGCUGUUUCUAAUCACCGAUGUGCCUUCUCGUAUCUUACAACGGAUGGUUGGGAGUCGUGAGAUAUUUUCCUAGAUCGUUCGAUGACGGAAGAUAUGUGUUCGUUGUUACGUGCCUUGCGUUUUCAUAAAGAGAUCUUACUCGAAGGUUCCCACGUUAUUCAUUGGGAUGCUUUAUAAUUGAUAAUUCGCCGAUCUCCUGUUAAUUUACAGGGAUUGCAAGGAUUUUAGAAUGCAAGGGAAACGUUUGUAUAUCAACACACGCCUCCGGAAGAACAGAUUAUUGCUUUGCUCCUAUGUACGUUCUAUUUGAUCCAGCUUCGCUUCUAUACGAUUCUAUACUGUCAAAAAUCUUAUUUAUAGCGCGAUAUCGUAAAUACGAUCGUAUACACCUAUUUCCUUAUUGCGAUGCUGCAGACGGGAAUAAUUACGCUGCUUUAUCUAUUGUACAUCUUGCAUCGUUUCGAGAGGAAUGCGCAUGGAACGUUUGUAUCUCUAGGAAGAUUGGCGCGCGAAGGCGAAGUGAAUAUUCUCGUUAAAUCGAUCGAUCACGCCUUCCACUUCCGCGAAUAUCUUAUAAAACGCGUUUCUAUAAUGAAUAAGCAACACACUAUUACACGCGAAGGCGUAUGUACUUGCAUAAACGAGUACACGUAAUCUAGAUAGAUCGAGCAUCCGUUCUGGUGCAAUGCUAUUUAUAGAGUUAAUUAAUCACUAAACCGACAUCCGGCAGCGUGGUUCCGGAUGUUCGGCCCACCACUAGGUGUUUAAGGAUUUGCUCAAAAAUGAAAUCCGUUCCUAUUGUUCCUAAUUAAUUAUCUACUCUAGCAUUUUUCUUUGUGUUUCUUUUUUUGUUUUUGUUUCCUUAGAAUUAUUCGAUGUGCUUCGUGACGAUGUAGCGUUGCAUCGUUCCGCGGAGGAUUGAUCAUUUCAUUACUUAAGAAUUUAUUUAACAGCGCCGCAAAAAAUAACGUUCGUGGAAAAAGGUACAAAAAUAUUGUACCAAGUGUAUCGCAGCAGAUAAGAAACGUGUGAAAAAAUUCAAUCGCAGCUAGCAUUUCGAAACACGGUGGAAAAAUGCAUAAUCCGCUUUUAAACUAAAGACCAUCUUACCUGUUACGAUACACACCCCGUUUCCAAUCUACGAAGUACGAACGAAAAGUCGAUAUUGUUCAGAGUGCGUACGACGCGCGCGAUGCCAGUGAUCCGAAUCGAAUACGCGAUACAACCUACGAUACGAAACAAUCAGAAAAGAAAAUAUCCGAGAAGAAAAAAAACAUGUAUUUUCCCAUCGCGAUAUUUUCCCAACUUUCUGAACUACCCUCUCUCUUUGCCAAACCGUUUUCUACACGAGCUUCGACAUGUCGCAUUAAAGAGCGACACGUGCCAAAUGCGAUAUUCCAUUAGACGGCGUAACGUUUGUUUCGAUAGGUAAUCGAGUCUCUGGAAAUAAAUUAUACGAACUCGUUUUCAGACAUAUACUUGAUCGCGUGUCACGAGGAUGAUCGCCGCGUGAUACGCGUCGCAUACUUGCUGAUUGACAGCGAAACGAUAUUGUUACACAAAUAUGUAAAUGUGUAAUUAAAUAUCAAGACUAUGAAAAGAAAAGAGAUAAAAGACGAGGAA